GGGUCGCCGGCGGCCGAGCUGCGGCGGCGAGGCAGGUGUAUGCAGAAUACUUCUGUGGAAACAACCAACGAUCUUCACGAAGGAGUAUAUUUGCAGGGAGGGUGAAGAGGAACCUCCCUUAGGAUACACUGCAGUCUGGUGACCAGGACACUUCUGCAACGUGGGACAUACGAGCUUGAAUCUUAUUGGACAAAGGAGGCAUUGAACUGUAGGUAAUAAUGAAUCAAACGGACAAAAAUCAACAGGAGGUCCCAUCAUAUCUUCAUGAUGAACCACCAGAAGGUUCGGUAAAAGACCACCCGCAGCAGCAGCCUGGCAUGCUUUCCCGUGUGACUGGUGGCCUCUUCAGCGUCACGAAGGGAGCUGUUGGUGCCACAAUCGGGGGUGUUGCUUGGAUUGGAGGGAAGAGUUUGGAAAUUACCAAAACAGCGGUCACAUCUGUGCCUUCAGUGGGAGUGGGGCUAGUCAAAGGAGGCGUUUCUGCUGUGGCUGGAGGUGUUACAGCUGUAGGAUCUGCCGUUGCAAGUAAAGUGCCUUUAACAGGAAAGAAAAAGGAUAAGUCUGACUAAAACCAAAACUGAGACAUACUUGAUUCUCCAGAAUAUUGCAUCAGUGGCAUUAAAAUCUGCUGAGAUUUGGACCAUGAGAAGCCAUGUGUCUUGGACACUUCAUCUUCUAAAGAGCUGUGCGAGUAACUUGAUUUCAUCUGUAAAGGACAGAAGAAGCUUGGCUAGCACAGAGUAUGAAGAUUUAUUAGAGCCUAGAUUGAAGCUUUGUAUCUGGUGAAAUGUUACACUUUAACUAUAGAAGUGAGUAAGUGUAUCUGAAGGGAUAAUACAUAUUUGAAUAUUCGUUUACUGUAAGUCUUUUUUUGCAGUUUUGGACUAAAAAUGUGAACGUAGAAACUGGGUAAUCUCUGCCGCUCUAUCAAUGAGGAGAUGCCGUUUGUUGUUCUCAGUGGUUUCCCCAUCCUCCUGCUAAGGAUCCUUCAGCUGUGUCACGGCAGGGUUGGACGGACCCCAGGAGGUCUGGGUAUGAAACUGUAUUUGUAGGCAGGCUGUAAACUUAUCCAUGACCACCUUCUGCUGGAGCAAAUAGAACUGGAGGUGUGGAGAAAUUGGAAAUGAGAGUGGGAGAUAGAAGUGAGACAGUUUGACAGCGUGGUAGAAGGGAUCAUAAAGAGUAUACUAACUUAAUGCCUUAUUAGAAAAAAAAUAUAUCCUUUUGUAUAAGUGAAGCUGUGUAAAGAAAGCCUGUCAUUUCAGUACAGUUCACAGGAUGAGCUUUAGACUCUCUUUACAAAUCCUGGUAUCUGAAACUGUGUCAGUUUUUCCUGAAAACAAGAUUGCUCCAUCUCAGGUGUAUUUAAUGACACACAUCUAUCUCCUGCAAGUGAAAACUUGCUUCUAAUAAACUUCUUGUAGACACUAGAAAAAACGAGGAUUUAAUGGAAACUGGGCUGAUGUUUGUGGUCAUCUAGCACAACUGUCUGACUUGAAAGAAAUUCCUUUGUGUAGUUGGAAACCACUGAAGAACCAGCAAAGCUGUUCUCUCAGCUCCAUGGUGCGCCAGGUUAGCUUCCUGCUCUGUUUAAGCAAAUGCAAGGAAUUUUUCACUACGUCUUUCUCUCAUACUUUGCAUUUUGAUUUUUUGAAUAAAAUGCAAUACUUUUAUUUAAAAUAAGCCAAAAAAGGUAGAACGAGGCCUUAAAAAAAAUUAAAAAAAAUAAAAAACCAAAACCAUCAUCCAAGUAAAUAAUAUACUGACAGAUUCCAAGUGUUGACACACCUCAAAUGGGAACAUCUGUAAGUCCUCUGCAGCGUGUCAGGCAAAAUGCACUUGUAAUACACAGCUUGAGGUUGCCUUAAAGUAGAAGCUGUUGGUGAUCUGUUUUGUGUGUGUGUGUGUAUGUACUGAUUUUGCAAAUAAGUAACCUCUUUGGAAGCCCAUAGAAGACGACUGUGAAUGUUGUGUAUGCAGUAUUUUCUAAAAACUUGUGUUCCUACAGAGAACUUACAAGAAGGGUGUAGCGGGAGGCUUUUUAGAAAUUUAAAAAAAAAUAAUAUCCAAACAUAUCAGUUGUCUAAAGCUUAGUCUGAUAUUCAUGGGUGUUGAAAGUAUACGAUGUGUAAAUUAUGGUACAGUAGUCACCGAGUCUCUGAGCCAUGGGUAUCUCAGCUGCAGCCUGGAACAACUUUUAUUUGAUAUCAUUAAUUGUUGUAUAUGUUGGUAGCAUGUUAGUCAUAAGCGUGGGAGAUUUGGGGUGGCAGGGAGAGCAAAAGCCCAGCAAACGAAGUUAUCUGCUCUUUUUGUUAGUUCUACCAGCUGCUUCACUCCAUGCUGCUCUGAGGGCGUAAUGAGGUAAGUUUAUGCAACAAAUGGAAGACUUUAACUGUUUUUUUUUCAUUAAUCAAAAGCUAAUUGCAUAGAAUACAGACUAGUGUAGUUCAAGGAUGCUGUUUAGCUCUAGAAAUGAGCUGGCUUGGGUAUUGGAGGCAAUCUGACUGCAGCAAGUAAUUCAGUAUCUCCUGCUCCCUUGGCAGGAUGUAGAUGUAUCCCCAAAGGGCUACCGCUGAACUGUUAAGAGUUACCUGUUUGCAGCACAGUGGUAUUUGUGACACUCAACCCAACCCUUCGUAAUUGUUUUCUGAAAAAAUAAUGUUAAACCAGUCACACUCCUUUUUUUUUUUUUUUAAUGCCAUUCUCUAAUUUUUAUACUAUGAAACUUGCUGCAAAACAAGUGUGGUCUGAAAUAAGCAAUGUUACAUCUGUAAAGAGCUGCCAACACUUCAUUAUGUCUUGUUCUUAAGAUACCCUGUAGUUAUUACUUCUGAAUCUUGUAACUGAAACACUUUACGUGGCGUAUGGUUUUAGUUUUUGAAACGAGCUUUGUCCUAUAUCCUGCAUAUUUUCCAUUCACUUGUGAAACUUGCUUAGUCUUUAAAAACUUGUUCUGAUUCUGUCCUGACACUUGUGAAACAUUAAAUUGUUGCUGUUUCAGACA